GAUGUCCCGUUUGUGGAGGGGAUGGAACGGGGUUGACAAGGGGGAACGCUGCCUGCAUUGUGACCUGCUCACCGACCGAUGCCGUUUUCUGCAUUCGCAUCUUGUCUUUAAAUCCUCUGAACCCCUCCAUACUUCCCCGUCGGUUUUCUGCUCCGUGUCUCUAGACAAGGCCAUCGGUACCUCGGCCCUCUUACCUCCCUGCCUGUCUUUCGUUUUGUCGCGUGGUUCCCGACUCCCAGUACACGGAUGCGACAAGGCCUGCGCGCCUACAAACUCGACCAUGGGUGACUCCGAGGAAGCGCUCGUCGCAGACGAGGCCCAGAUGCGAGCCUACCUUCCUGCGUCAUUUGGAAAAAAGGACAAGGAAGCAGACAUUGCAGCGCAAAUAGAGAGAAGCAGACGCAUCGUCGACAACAAGCAAGCUAAGAAGCUCGGAUGACUCCGAUUCCGAUUCCGACUCUGACGAUGCCGACGAAUACCCCGUAUCCCACGAGCUGGUCCUCAAGACUCACGACAAGACGGUCACGACGGUCUCGUUGGAUCCGGCCGGAUCUCGGCUCGUAUCCGCUUCGCUCGACUGCACCAUCAAAAUGCAUGACUUUGCCUCGAUGACACCGACAACUCUCCGCGCCUUCAAGAGUGUUGACCCUUGGGAGACCAAGAAGUCGGCUGCCUCGGCCGAGUCGCACCCGAUAAACCUCGUCCAGUUUAGCCCUCUUUCGGGGGGCGUCUUCCUCUGCAUAUCGGCCCAUCCUCAGGCCAAGAUCCUAUCCAGGGAUGGCCAGAUCCUGACAGAGUUCGUCAAGGGCGACAUGUACCUUCGAGACAUGCACAACACCAAGGGACAUAUCGGGGAGAUCGCAACGGGCGCCUGGAGUCCAACGGACAAGAACCUAUGUGUCACAGCAGGGUCUGACAGCACCUUGCGGAUAUGGGAUAUUAACAACAAAAGGUCCCAGAAAGACGUUAUUGUCUUCAAAUCCAAGGCCGCUGGCGCUGCUGGCCGGUCCAAGAUGACGGCAGUCGCGUGGGGCUCACCGGCCCAGGGAGGGAGCAGCAUCCUUGUGGCGGCUGCGCUGGAUGGCUCAUUGGUUAUGUACGGCGGUGAAGGCCCGUUCACACGACCGGCUGCCGAGGUGAGGGACGCGCACAAGCCAGGCACCUGGACGAGUGGUCUGGAUAUCAGUGCCGACGGCCGUAUGGUCGUUACCAGGGGUGGCGACGACCUCAUAAAGCUUUGGGAUACGCGCAAGUUCAACAAACCACUUGUGGUCGCGUCGCACCAGUCUACAGCGGACAGGUUUCGCAUGACAAACAUCAAGUACUCACCAAACUCCACCAGCAUCAUCACCGGGUCCGCAAAUGGCGACUUGCACAUCCUGAACCCCGGGACGCUGCGGCCAGAGCUUGUCGCUCCGAUCACUCCGGGCUCCCCGCUGGUUGUGGUCGAUUGGCACCCGAAACUGAACCAAAUCAUCACAGGGUCUGCAAACGCUGAGACCCACGUUCUCUACAAUCCGUCGAUGUCCUCACGCGGCGCGCUCGAGGUCAUGUCACGGGCGCCCAAGAAGCGGCACAUCGAUGACAAUUCAACUUUGACGAUGGAUCAGAGCGUCGGAAUUUCGGCCGACUCAAUCGUCACCCCAGGAGCCAGCGCAGGAAUGCGAAAAGGGGGUGUCACUGCUUCUGGAAGAUCACUGGACCCGAGAAGGCCGCAGGUACCCAAGCACACGCCUUUUGAGAAAAGUCAGCCGGAUGAGCGGCAUAUCGAAGAGAACAUCCCCCUCAGCCGCAUGUUACACGAGGAUCCUCGCGAAGCCCUACUCAAGUAUGCCGACAUCGCCGCCAAGGAUCCCAUGUUUACAAAUGCUUGGAAGGACACGCAGCCGGUCACGCAGUAUACUGAAGAGAGUGACGAAGAGGCGGAUGAAGGCCCAGAGAAAAAGCGGCAAAAAAUGUAGAGGGGUUGAUGGAAAUGAAAGACUCAAAGGGAACAGGUCGACGGGGGUCAACGUGACUUAGUACUGCAGUUUACUAGGAGAAGUCGUUCUGCAUUGAGAACAGGCCGAAAACGUAGUCCGCAGUUGUAGCUAAAGUGGGCUCAAGAUUGAGGCCUCUCCUGGUGCCCCAGCUUCUGAAUGCAGCUGGAAUGAUAUAGCGAGCCAGCCUGGGAACGUGCGGCUUGGAAAUUCUGGACGGGGUCGGGUUAGCACGGGGUCGGAUUAGCGCGGAUGGGGCCCAGGCAUCAAUGCCUCAGGCAUUAAUUUUAAGUGGGGUUUCGGUGGUGGCUACCUCCAGUCCCAUCACAUACGAAUCUUGUCGGUCGGUCGUGGCCUUCACUCCCCAUCAUCAAAGGCGACGAGGUGCGCGCAUCGAAAAAAAAUUGCCAAACCGCUUCGCGAUCAUCGGCAGCCAUCACCAAAAAGCCGGAGGCUUCAUCUCCACCUGGCUUCCGCCUCAAUACUU